UCCUCAAUUAUAAAACCCUUACCAUAUUAUUCCAAAUUUACUUACCUCUACCAAUUCCCUUCCUUUCACAUUUUUCUAGCAAAUACUUCUAAGUAGAAAAUAUGGCUUUGGGAAGAGGCAGUGCAUUGGUUCUACUAGUCUGUUUUUUUGUGCUUCACUCUGAGUUGGCUCAUGCUGCCACCUACACUGUUGGAGGUGCUGGUGGUUGGACCUUUAACACUGUUGGGUGGCCUCAAGGAAAACGCUUUAGGGCUGGUGACACACUUGUGUUCAACUAUAGCCCAAGGGCUCACAAUGUGGUGGCGGUGAACAAAUUAGGGUAUAAUAGCUGCAAGACUCCAGCAGGAGCAAAAGUGUAUCAGUCAGGAAAGGAUCAAAUCAGACUUGCUAGAGGACAAAACUAUUUCAUUUGCAAUUUUGUCGGUCAUUGCGAGUCUGGAAUGAAAAUUGCCAUCAAUGCUGCUUGAUCAUUUUUAUAUUAUAUUAUAUUAUAUACUAAUAAUAAUAAUGUGUGUUUUGUCCUUAAAUUAAAUAAGUGGUGAUAGGUGCAUGUGGAUUUCCUGCUGUUAAUAUUGACGCAGUCAACAACUAAGAUCGAAAACCGCGUGAAAACUGCGUGCGGUGGGAUUGAGAUUUGCUACAGUCAAAAAGCACGCAGUUUUCACGCGGUUUUCGAUCUUAGUUGUUGAUUGUUGAUCAGACGAUUUAAAUUGAUAAAGUAAUAAAAUUAGUGAAAAUAAUCACAGCCGUACAUGUCAGAUCAAACUGUCAUAAAUGACUACCGCGUGAAGACUGCGUCAAUAUUGACAGCAGGAAAUCCACACGCUGGUGUGAACUGUGUGUGUAAGUGUACUUUUAAAUGUUACCCCCAAUGGGUCUGGUAGUAGUAACAAACAAUAAUUUGUGUGUAUUUAUGAGUCUCUUUGGCUAGUGUAUGUUCAACUCAAUUGUUUUGAAAGAGCUAUAUACACAUGACUUUAAUUUA